AUGGGUAACAGAUCAAGUCUUCUUUUGCGUGAAGAAGAGAUAGCGCAGAUUCAAGACGCUACCGGUUUUACGCCGAAUCAGAUAGAACGGCUAUAUAGUCGCUUCACAAGUCUGGACCGAGGAGACUGUGGGACACUCAGUCGAGAGGAUUUUCUCAGAAUCCCGGAAUUGGCGAUAAAUCCACUUGGUGAAAGAAUAGUGAAUGCUUUCUUUGACGAAAGUGGAAACGAUCGAGUAAAUUUCUUGCAGUUUAUGCAAGUCUUGGCUCAUUUCAGACCCAUAAAAAAGAACAGUCCCAAUCGAUUGAACUCUAGGCAGCAGAAAUUGAAGUUUGCAUUUAAAAUGUAUGACUUGGACAAUGAUGAUCUAAUAUCAAAAGAUGAAUUGCUUGCUAUUUUACACAUGAUGGUUGGUGCUAAUAUCAGUGAAGAACAAUUAACUAGCAUAGCAGAACGAACCAUACUUGAGGCUGAUGAAAAUGGGGAUGGUAUGAUAUCAUUUGAGGAAUUUUGUAAAGUUCUAGAACGCACUGAUGUAGAACAGAAGAUGUCCAUAAGGUUUCUUAGUUAAACCAUUUGUAUAAUUAUUGCUUUGUGUAGAAUAACAAACUUUAAGUAAGCAUAGCAAUUGUUCUGUAAAUUUUAUCAACAGAAUUUUGCAACAUACAUUUAUGAUUUGUAAAUAAUUCCUAUAAGCUAAAGGGUUUUUGUGAAUAAGAUUAUAAAUAAAAAGAUGUGUAAUAUAUAAUAUUCAUAAUUAGAAUGUACAAAUAAUAUAAUUUAUAUAUAAGAUAUUGGUAAAUUUAAAUAUACAUUAUAUAGAUUUUCUUUAA